UCUUGACAAACUAGAUUUGUUAUAUUGGGAGAACAGAAAGAGAGAGAGGCAGCAAGAGGGCAAAAGAGAGCAAGAGUGGGUGAAUAGGUCGUUUGUUCAUCUCUCUGCUGUCCUCCCUGGCCUUGCCUGGUGCUUGGUGCCUGGCAUCCAGGGUCAUUUCCUUUCAUAACCACCACUGCCAUCCUCGCAUUAGCAUUUUCACUCCUGUGGGGGCAAGACUUGAGUGUACGAGUGUGUGUGUGCUUGCUUGUUCGCUACGGCACGAAUUAUGCAGGGGCUCGGGAAGACAGAGAGAGGGGAUCAAGGCCGAGACAUCGACCUGACAUCGCUGAGAUCCACCAUGCCAGCCAGCGGACCUUUGCAGGGAGGUUCAAACUCUAAUCUGAACAUGAACCUGUACGCCACCAAGAAGACAGCUGCUGAAGGCAUGCUGGACAUUGCUCUGUUCCUGGCUAACAUCACACACAUGAAGACGGUAAUCGAGCAGGGUGCUGGUUACAGGUACUAUGCUGCCGUCCUGACACUCAUCUCCUUCUCUCUGGCUCUCCAGAUAGUAGCUGGAGUCUUGAUCGUCAUCAUCGCUCGGCGAGAUCUAAACGACGAGGCCAACCACAAGCGCCUGGACAGCCUGAACAACUACGCAACCAUCCUCAUCUUUCUCAUUUUCGUCACCAACAUCUUCAUCUCCGUAAUGGGGAUGGAGCGCACCGGCCUCUUCGCCAGGAUGCAUUUCUGA